GUGUGGAAUGGUUGUCAGGGCAGCAAGUACAUCCUGACACAGCGACUGCCACGUAGACGACACGUACAGACGCCGCGCCUUCUGUCACAGACAUUUGUCAGUGUCGUUAAUGUCACAACAGCAAGACUGUGUCACCUGAGAAAAUCAUCGCUGUGAUCGCAAACUAUUCCAUUCUUCACGUCUGCUCCUUGUAUCAAAAUGGCGCCGAAGCCAGUUGUGUGAUCGAUACAGUGGCGACACACCUACAUGCCUGCUGUGUAGUGUGUAGUGUGUAGUGCUGUGUAGUGUGUAAUGUGUAGUGCUGUGUAGUGCAGGCCUUGGAAACUACCCACACGUACCACGUGACACUACACGCGCAAGGAUACCUACAGGUUCAACAUAAACUAUGUCAACUCGCUGGUACUUGCGGCAGGUGUUGUCUGUCUGUGUAACAUUCAUCUUCCGUCUCCAUCUUCUGUUCACCACACGAGCUCUGGCACAAGAUGCAACGUGUGAGGUACCUUCGGUAGAACCGUUGGCCAGUACUUCAGUCACCUGCCACUUUCCUGAGGAUGUCAGCAAGACAAACAAGGGCUUCAGUAUUGUCAUGUACAAGGGCAACAGAAGUCAAGAUGAAAAAGACAUUCUGGAGUGCUGGUGGCUAGAAGGCAAAAUGGGAUGUGCGGUGUCGUCUGGAUACAAGUACAAUAGGAUGGUCUCUAACCAACUCACCUUGGACAUCCCUCAAGUGUCUGCACAACACAUUGGGUCUUAUGGUUGUAAACUUGUCAACAUGGAUCGCAACCAUAUUAAGCCCUGCGAGAUGAAAAUUAAGUUUGUGGGGAAAACAAUGUGUGACGUUUCCUCAGUAGAACACGGAUCACAGACGUCACUGACAUGUUACUUCCCUGAGGACGUCAGCAAGACCAAGAAAGACUUGGCUGUCUAUCAUUAUGCAAGUGAUGGUCAUAGAGAUCGUGUACUGCACGUUGGAUGGCUGGGAGACCGUGUGAACUGUAUCAGCGACCGUCGCUACCAGUUUGAUUGUAGUUUUACCAACCACCUGACUCUCACUAUACCCCGAGCCUCCACAGAUGAAGAGGGGAUGUACAGCUGUGACAUUGGUAGCCUUGGGGCUGAUAGAAGUGAAAACUGCUUAUUCUACCUUAAAAAGGAUGCAGUGAACUCGUCGUGUUCCAUCCCCAGUGUCCAGGAGGAGCAGCCUACGACACUGACCUGCACGUUUAGUGUUGACAUCAAUGUGACGAGAAGAGACUUCACAGUCGUCCGUCUUGGUGAUAAGACCAACAACAGUGUUGCUAUCCUAGUCUGCACCUAGCGACAUAACCAGCUGAAGUGCACCACAGGUGCGGGAUACGAGUUCAACAACAUCGUCACGGAUCACCUCGUCAUCAGUGUCCCGCGAGCGUCACGUGAUUACAAUGCGACAUACGCUUGUCACGUGGUAGGCUCUGAAAUGAAGGGCUUUCAGUCAUGUGACUUCGUCGCUAUGCAAGUCGGCAGCGCCGUCAACAUUUCGUACUCUGCCAGUGUCGACGUCAUCAUCGUAAUCAUCCUCUCCUUCCUCUUUCUCGUCGUCUUCAUCCUCUUCAUCUUGGUUGUACUGAAACUGAAAGGGCUGCAGUGGAAGGAUAUGUAAGGAAACGCGACGAAAAAAAAGGACAGAGAGAACGUGUGUGUGUGUGUGUGUGUGUGUGUGUGUGUGUGUGUGUGUGUGUGUGUGUGUGUGUGUGUG